AUUUGAUUAGAUUAUGUAUAUUUUACAAUUUACUUUACUGUCUCUAAUCUGCCUAAACGUGUUAUGCACCGAGGAAUUCUGCUCCAUCGAGAGUGACACUGGGUGUCAACAAAGCAGUCAAAAGCCUAGAAUUUUAGAAGGUCUCGACAAUAAGUACGAAGGUUACCUGAAGGCCAUCCAAGAUGCAGAGAAUAAUUUUAAGGAAUGUAAAGCUCAGAACUGUGGCUGCUUCAAGAAAAUUAUCAGCAAAGAUUUGUUACCAUUCAGGGAGAAGGGAAUCAACGAGCAGUUGAUAGAACUAUCACAAUCAAGGGGCAUAACGUACCAAAUUAUCGACAAAAACCUGUACAGAAGUAGAGAAUGCAUGUUUCCCUCGAGGUGUGCUGGAAUAGAGCAUUUUCUCUUCAAAGUUAUGGACAACCUCACUGACACUGAAUUCGUCAUCAACACGAGAGACUAUCCCCAGUCCAGUAAACACUUUGGGACUUCACUUCCAGUAUUUUCUUUCAGUAAGACAUCUGAUUACUACGACGUAAUGUAUCCUGCUUGGUCCUUCUGGGAGGGUGGUCCAGCAAUAGCUCUGUACCCUCGAGGCCUAGGACGUUGGGAUCAGCAUCGUUCGUCCUUGAACGAAGCGAGGAAAUCGAUCCCUUGGGAUCGAAAGGAGAAUAAAGCAUUUUUCAGAGGCUCCAGGACUAGCUCAGAAAGGGAUAAUCUGGUGCUAUUGAGCAGAGAUCAUCCCCAAUUGGUUGACGCACAAUACACGAAGAAUCAAGCUUGGAAGUCAGACGAGGACACCCUCCACAGACCCCCAGCAUCAGAGGUAUCUCUGGAGGAUCAUUGUAAAUACAAAUAUUUAUUUAACUAUCGAGGAGUCGCUGCUUCCUUCAGACACAAACAUUUAUUCUUAUGCAAUUCUCUGGUGUUUCACGUUGGAGACGAGUGGCUGGAGUUUUAUUACGACGUCAUGAAACCCUGGAUUCAUUAUAUUCCAGUUCCUAAGGAUGCGAGUCAACACGAAUUGAAACGAUUGAUCUCAUUCGCCAGAGACCACGACGAAGUAGCUAAAAAAAUAGCUCAACGAGGGAGAGACUUCGUCUGGAAGAGAUUACGAAUGUCAGAUGUAACUUGUUACUGGAGGAAGCUCCUCCAGGAGUAUUCUAAACUGUUAAAAUAUAAACCAAGACUGAGGAAAGACGUCAUGAAAUUGAAUAAAGUAUGAAAAAUUA